GAUGCCCCAUUAGAGCUCGCCGCGCCUGGCUUUCGGCUGUUUCCGGCAGUUAGCUCGCUCAUCGCCGAAACGAGAAGCUCUGCUCUCCAGCGCCAAACCGGCCACAAGACCAAUAGAAAUUGCUUACAAAGCAUAAACACAGUAUACUGCCCUGAAACGCUUGACAAUCGACCACAACUCAGGAAGGUUUAGACGUUCAGCCCACAUGGCUUUGUUACCAGGCUGGGACAGCGACGCGGUCAUCCCGCGAGGUGUUAUCGAUGACGAGAAAGCGGACCUACCGCAAGAGCCAAAGGGCUAUUUCGCCAGGUUGAGCUCACACAGGACGAGCGGUGGCGGAGGCGCCGGCGCAGGGGACGCCCACGGCCCCUCCCUGUCGCGCGCGUCGGCCCCUGUGCACGUGGCGCGCUCCGCCACCAUGAGUGCGGCCGCCGCCGCCGCCGCCAUCGGCACCAAGGGCAUGCCGCCGCCAAUGAGCCGAACCAGCUCCAUGCCGUACGGCAGCCCAGGCUCCCACGCCGCCGCCUCGGCCGGGCUGCUGCAGCCCCACAAGUACCAGGUCACCGACUGGGCCUCUGAGCUGGCAACCCUGGGCGGCGGCAAGCACCCGCCCGCCAAAGGCGGCGCGCCCGCGGAGCCGCACCAGGGUGGAGGCAAGCACCACGCAGGCGCAUGGUGGCGCGCCCUGGAGAUUGGUCAGCUGAACGAGCGGCCGGAGUUGGAGCCGGCCGGCGGCGGCAAGCACGGCGCCGCGGGCGAACACGCCGCCGGCGCGCACGCCAGCUCUUUCAUGCCGCAGCUGCUGCCCAACAAACAGAAGCUGGACUUUGGCGCAGGGGGCGGCGGAGCGGGCGCCAGUGAGGGCGAGCGCAUCUGAGUGAGCGGGCGGGCGGGCUGUGGGCGGGGCGGCUGGGUCGCCUUAGCUUGUGGAGACAGUGGACGCGGUGUCAUGCCCGAGACGGUCAAGGACGGUAGGUCCCCGCUGUCAAAGAGGCGUAGCCAACCGGUAGGGCCCGGGGUGAGGCGGCGGGACGGAAGGGACGGAAGGGACGGAAGGGGCGGAAGGGAGGCUGCCAUGGUGGGUGGAAGCAGCGUGGGGGCGCAGUGGCUGAGAUGGCUCCGUGCGGCCGUGCUUGGGAACAGCUCGGUGUUGGCGUGGCCGGCAGUAGAGUGGGGGCCGCGGCGGACUCAGUGAUGCGACCUGAGGUGGAAUGAGGCGGGGCUUGUCCGCUUUGUCGGUGGGUGCGCGUUGCGAAGGGGCGCUCAGGCUUGUUAGGGGCUGCCCGCCAGUGAUCCCUUGGGGCCCAGUGGAACUGCUGGAGGUGCAGGGGGACUGAGGUGGAGGCGGAGGCAGCGCGCGCCGAGACGAUGCAGUCGGUUUGUUCCCAUGUGUGAUGGCGCCUGGGGCGUGAUUGGAAGGCGGGGUGCGAAGCCCCAGAUGGAUGGGGCACUGCUGCGUAUUGCUGUUGCGUGUUUGCAAUUGGCGCACAUAUGAUAAGCAGGGCGGACUGGCGGUGCAUCACACACAGGAACGAUUUUGUCACAGCAGUUCAAACAGAUCACCCCCUGGUUAGUUCGUGAGGUUGGGGGCCAUUGCCUUGUGUUGUUUGUGUUGUUGCCUUGUUGGCGUGGUUUCAACGGUAUAGCUUAGGCGCGUGCUGACGGGUAUGCGAUAUAGUGCAUGCCGCAAGCAACGCAUUAGGUGCCUCACCUGGUUGCAUGUGUGGUGACAAGCUCACGAGCCCUACGCACACCCAAGUUGCAUAUGAAAUACUGCGGGUGAAUGAUGAUGCCGCCCAAAGAAUGGGUGCGCGGCAGGCUGUAAAGAAACAGGCUG